UAAGAAACAACCCCAUUUAAGCUUUCUCUGCCACACAUAGAUUUUCUUAUUAAACUUCAUUUUCAUCUGAAAAAUGGGAGAAGAAAAGGAUCUUCCAUUAGUUUAUUCUUCCCCAGAUGGGUACAACAUGGGAAUGUUGAUGCUGGCUUGUAUAGUUUUGUCAUGGAUGUUUAUCCCUAUAUGGAACCAAAGGAAUAAGAAAGGCCCAAAAACAUGGCCACUCGUGGGUGCAGCAAUCGAACAGUUCAUGAACUAUGACAGAAUGCACGAUUGGCUUGUCAAGUACCUGUCUGAGUCAAAAACUGUCGUGGUCCCGAUGCCAUUCACAACAUACACUUACAUUGCAGAUCCUGCAAAUGUGGAAUAUGUCCUUAAAACCAACUUUGCCAAUUAUCCAAAGGGUGAAGUGUAUCAAUCGUACAUGGAAGUGCUGCUAGGAGGUGGGAUUUUCAAUGCAGAUGGUGAGCUUUGGAGGAAACAGAGGAAGACUGCAAGCUUUGAGUUUGCGUCCAAGAACUUGAGAGAUUUCAGCACUGUAGUCUUCAGAGAGUAUAGUUUGAAGCUUUCUGCUAUUCUAAGCGAAGCUUCUUUCCAAAACCAAGAAGUAGAUAUGCAGGAGUUGUUGAUGAGGAUGACUUUGGACUCCAUAUGUAAGGUGGGAUUUGGUGUAGAAAUUGGAACUUUGGCUCCCAAUCUGCCAGAUAAUCGCUUUGCCAAGGCUUUUGACACUGCAAACAUCAUUGUGACGCUUCGCUUCAUUGACCCACUGUGGAAAAUAAAGAAAUUUCUGAAUGUGGGCUCAGAAGCUCUACUUGAUAAGAGCAUGAAAAUCAUCGACGACUUCACCUACUCAGUUAUUCGAAGAAGGAAAGCAGAAAUAGAAGAAGCUCGAGCGACUGGCAAAAGAUGAAAAUAUCAGAUAAAGCAUGAUAUAUUGUCAAGAUUUAUAGAGUUAAGUGAAGCCUCAGAAAGCAAUUCAACAGACAAGUAUCUCAGAGAUGUUGUCCUCAACUUUGUGAUCGCUGGCCGUGACACAACGGCAACUACACUCUCAUGGGCAAUAUACAUGAUAAUGACCCAUGCCGACGUGUACAACAAGCUUUACUCAGAGCUCAAAAGUUUCGAAGAAGAUCAAGCCAAAGAAGAGAAUGUGUCGUUGCUUCAGUAUGACACUGAGGACUUGGAAUCAUUCAGUCGAAGAGUAGAGCAAUUUGCAGGCCUCUUGAAUUAUGAUUCUCUGGGAAGGUUAUAUUAUCUGCAUGCAGUAAUCACAGAGACACUUCGUCUGUACCCGGCAGUCCCUCAGGACCCCAAGGGUGUCUUAGAGGAUGAUGUCUUGCCAGACGGAACCAAGGUAAAAGCAGGAGGCAUGGUGACUUACGUUCCCUACUCAAUGGGUAGAAUGGAGUACAACUGGGGCCCUGAUGCACCCUCAUUCAAGCCUGAGAGAUGGCUCAAGGAUGGAUUCUUCCAAAACGCAUCUCCUUUCAAGUUCACUGCAUUUCAGGCUGGGCCAAGAAUAUGCCUUGGGAAGGACUCUGCAUACCUCCAAAUGAAGAUGGCACUGGCCAUUUUGUGUAGGUUUUACAAAUACAGUUUGGUACCAGGUCAUACAGUGAAGUACAGAAUGAUGACAAUACUAUCAAUGGCGAAUGGCUUGAAGCUUACCACAGCGAGACGUUCUUAA